AAGUCAAACAGCUCGCUAAUGUGCUUAAGGCUUAUACUAUCUGUACUAGUAUCAAUUGCUGGCCUGGCUUCUGCUGCUCGAGUUCCUGGGCCAGAGGAACGGAUUGUCGGAGGUUCCUACAUCCCCAUCGAAUAUGUUCCUUGGCAAGUGUCGGUGCUAAAUGUUUCGUUACAUCACUGCGGUGGAGUCGUCUACAAUGAUCGGGCUAUUUUGACUGCCGUUUCUAAUGUAUCUCUAGCGGAUCUAUAUGCUCCGCAUUGGAGCAAAGGUGGCCAGGUGUUGAAGGUGCUGAAGACCAUUGCACACCCAAAAUACGUUCCUGAAUUUUACCAUCCGUAUGAUGUUGCUGUGCUGAUUUUGAAGGCACCUCUCAAGCUUGGUGGCGCAGUAAAGAAAGUUCCUCUAGCCGAACAGACUCCCGUGGCUGGUACAAUUGCUUUGGUCUCCGGAUGGGGAGAUACCCGAGAGAACUCUUCAUUAGCAUGGCCAAUACUGCAAGGCGCACAUGUAGCCAUUCUGAAUAGAACGGAUUGCCAACAAGCUUACAGGGACCGUAAAAUAACUACCGACAUGAUCUGUGCCGACGGACAUAGAUGGGAUUCUUGUCAAGGUGAUUCCGGUGGUCCUUUGAUUGAAAUAACGAAAGGAGGCCAUGAGCUUGUAGGCAUAGUCAGCUGGGGAGAAGGUUGUGGUACAAAUCUGGGGGUCUACGAAGAUAUUGCAUUCUUCCGCAACUGGAUCAAAUAUACGGUUUGGGAAAGUAUUGUUAAAAUAUAAUAUUUAUCUGCAAUCAAAUAACUAUAAAAAACAUGUAACCUUUUAUAUUGCUAAUAUUAUAGU